AUGCGGGGCGAGGCGCCUUGGAAAGGCUCCGGUUGCGGAAGAAGCUGCCGUUGGAGCCUGCGGUUCGUGGUGGCACAAGAGUCCCUGGGAGACCGAAUGACCUUGUUUCAGCGAGUUUUCCUGUUGGUGGCUGGGGUAAACGUGAGCGGCUUUUCCUCUGAAGAUGACCGACUUGAUCCCCAAGGGUCAGGGUAUCCUUCCCAGCAAUCCGCGCAUCGUGCUGGUCUCAGGAGUUUCAUCCGCUACGGCUGGCGCUGGAGCUGGAGAGUAGCCGCUUUUGUGACGAUAUUCAACACGGUGAGCACUGGUCUGACUGUGUACCGCAACAAAACCACCAUCAGUAAUUUUGCUUCGGCAGGAGCCUUCACAGGAGCCCUUUUCAGAAUGCACUUGGGCCUGCAGGGACUGGCAGGCGGCUUCGUGUUCGGAACAGCGUUUGGGAUCCCUGCAGGAGGCCUCUUAAUGAUAAUGCAGAAGCUUGCUGGUGAGACCUUGCAGGAGAAGAGAAAUCGUGAGCGCGGGGAGCUGUAUGAACAGAAGUUAGCAGAGUGGCAAUCCAGGCUCAGUGUGACCGAAGUCUUAGGCCAAAUGGAAAGCAACGCCCAGGGAGGACCGGAGACGGAGACAGCAAGAGAGUCUCGGAGCUACUGAGUCUUUGCCAGAUCUCUGUUGUAAGCAGCUACAAAGUAUUUUGAUUCUGCUCAUAAAAGUCUUCAGUCAAGGGGUCAUGGAAGUCUUCUGUGAACGCAGUUAUAUCCUGUGCGCUUGUGAAAAAGCAUUUUGCUGAAAACAUUGUUCACGGAUGCAUAUCACUGCACAAGAGCUUGGAAGGGCCAAACCUGUUCCACCUGAGAAGGUGGAAAUGCAGAUUCUGCAGACUAGGAAGUGUCAUCUAGGUUUGGCAGAGGGUGAGGGCAGCCCCAGAGCCUCGUCUAGAACCCAUUUCACUGCUGAAAAAUGUCCAAACCACCAGCGAUGUAGAAAUAUUCAAGGUAAAGGAGCCUAUGAAUAGUUUGGAUGCUAAAGGUACCCUGAUUCCAAAAGCUAAUUAUGCUCUGGUGAAAGCUGCUCUUCAGACAGCGCCUGAAGAACUUGCUGUCGAAGCGCAAUACAGGCAGCACCAGAGCGAGUGGUUCUCCUCCUCUCGCCAUCCCCCUCCCGCAGCUUGACUUGGCUGGGCUGGGACCAAUGCUGUUUUGCUGACGGUGGUUUCUUUGGGCUUUUUUGCAGAAAAACACACUUGGCUCCUGCAGUACUUGAGGUAUUUUGCAAUCGAUGUUAAGAAAGGGUGGAGGAGCUGGGAGUGAUACGGAAAUACCCCGAAAAAGACAUAGUUUGGGUUCCUCAAUAGAAGUGUGGCUGAGGGGGCCACAGAAAGGAUGACUUGUUUCUGGUGGUGAUGGUGGAAGAACUGGCGCUGUGGACAGUUUUAACAACAAUAAAAAGGCCUCUAAUUUCAUUUGAAGAUUGGAAAUUAGAGGAUUACCUUUGGGGGAAAUGUGGUUCAAGACACUCAAUAAAGCUGUCUAGCAGUGGUGA